AUGAACCCUGAACAGCAAGAUAUCAUCAUGAACGAACCUACUGAAACUGGUCAGAUCACUGUUGAUGAGACCACUAACUCUGUUGUUGGCUCUACCACUGGAUCGUUUUCUGGAAUCAAGACUCCUAAUUCAUCCUGCCCUGAAUCUGCUAUCGAGAGAUUGCAAGCCAGAAUCAAGGAUGCAAGAAAAGAGCUCGAAAAUAUUUAUAUUGGUGAUGCUGCUUGUCCCGAGGAAACGUUGGAGGCUGCUGAUAGGAUCUCUAAAAGGAUCUCCAGUUACGAGACCCACUUGAGUGCUCUUACUGACAAGGCUGAAAAGCAAUUGAGACCUGUCAACCUGAGAGAUAUUCCUCGUUUUCAAAUAGUCGGUCAAACCAAGCACUACGAAGGUUAUCCAAGCUAUAGUUCAUUGGAACACUUCUUCAGCUCUUUUGAGACUGUGAUGCAUGCUUCGAGCAAUGAUGUAGAGCAGGUAUGGAAGCAAUACAUCCCCGUUUCAAUGCACUUUACAUACAAGACCUGGGUGAAUAAUGAUCUUCUCAAAUGCUCCAACUGGGAAUCUGCCAAGGCUCUUUUUGUCAAACACUAUGGUGUCCCUGUCAACUCUAUGGACCUGAUCUCCAAGCUCUUCAACAUGAGGAUGAAGACUUCUGACACUCUUCAGAACUACACAAACAGAUUCAUGAAGAAUGUGCAAGAAGCUGGUUUCCCCCUUGAAAGCAACACUCUGGCCAAGUUUUACCAAUGCUCACUACUCAAGAAAAACCAGCAGAUGAUGGUGAAUCAAAUGUUGGUGAAGAGGGACUCGAAUCAUCGUUGGACUAUUAAUGAGAUCUACGAGUGUGUGCUUCCUUUGUUUCUGGCGGAUGAGCAAGCUCGCGGUGAAUCAGAGGUGGUGGAUCUGAAAGGAAAGCGCAAGGCUGAUGCUGCUGGUAUAUCUCAAUCCAAAAAUACCAAGAUGGCCAGCACUGGUUAUUUCUGUCCGAAGCAUGGUGGCAAUGCUGCUAACCACAACACUGCUGACUGCAAAUCACGAUUGAAGCAAUUUGGCUCUGAAAACAAGCCCAACCGGGCCACUACUGCUGCUCCUCGCACUGUGAACUCCUUACCUUCUGGUCCCAAAACCUGCAACUUUUGCAAUAAGCCCCGUGCUUAUGGCCAUCGAUGUCAAGAGUUCUACGACUGGAAGAAAGAAAGAGAGUCAAGAAGGAACAUUGAAGUUCAUACGGUGAAAACUACUGUUCCUGAGGACAACAAGUCUGGUUCUGGUUCUGGUUCUGGUUCUGUGACCAAUGAUGCUACCAUUGAAAGUGGCACUGAUUCUGACAUUGGUGAUGCUAUUGGAGAUGUCACCAUGGAGGAGAUAGAUGCUUGCUUGGACGAGAUUGAAGCAGAGGAUGCCUCGCUCAACUGUAAGUCUAAUGUGAAAAAUGUACCUGAAAGUUUCAAUCCAUUUCAGUUACUGACUCCUAUUAUUUUAGAGAGCAAAGAAGGAAAACCAGUCCGUUUGAUCGCGAAAGUAGAUACGGGAUCAGAUUCCACCUUCUUAAAUAAAAACAUUUUUCACAAUAAACUACUAUUCACUUCCCAAGAUAUUAUUUCUGUUGAAGGCAAUUUGAACUUUCUGAGUCAUUCAGUAAAGAGAUUGGGUAAAACACCAGCUAUCAAGAUAAGAUAUCUUAAUGACAUUGCAUUUGAUCACUCGUUUGAGCUAUCCAAUUUUAUUCAGGACCUAGGCGAUUUUGAUGUGCUACUGGGUGUAGACACAUUGAGUCGACUUAGAAUUGGGCUAACUGGCGUUGCUCACAAGUUUGCUGAUAUUGGACAUCUUACAGAGGAAGAGAAAUCAGAGCUUCUUGAAAGCAUCGAUUUCGAAAAUGUCAAUUUCGAUACUAAACAUUCUAUUGAUCCAGAAACCGCAUCAAUCUUUGAAUCCCAAGCUGAGGAGAAUAAGUAUAUGAGCAACAUCCAAGAUGCUAUUGAUGAGAAUCAGAGAAUCAAGCCUGGAACGUUUUGUAACGUGCCUGAAUCUGAGAUCACUAUACCAAUCAAGGAGAAUGUUGAUUACUACGUCAAGCAAUAUCCGAUCGCACAUCAUGCAAUGCCCGAAAUCGAAAAGCAAUUGAAUGAAUGGCUGGAUGCAGGAAUUGUAGAACAGUGUAGACCUAACGGCUUAUUCAACAGCCCUCUCAUUGCAGUAUCAAAGAAGGACAGUGAUGGCAAACCCACCAAAACUCGAGUUUGUAUGGAUGUGCGGAGGAUCAACCAGCAUAUGCCCAACAAUACAAACCAAUUUGAGAUACCAAAUAUACAGGAUAUCUUCACCCGGAUCAAGCAGAAGGGGACAAUAUUUUCGAAAAUCGAUCUGAAAAACGCAUAUUUUUCAUUUAGAAUUUCUGACAUAUCAAGAAAUGUGCUUUUGUUCAAUUUUAGAGGAAAAUCGUAUAGAUGGUUAGGCUGCUGUUUCGGGUUGCGCCCAAUCACAUCUGUCUUUAGCUCUGUCAUGAACAUUUUGUUUUCUGAUAUGCCCAACGUGGAGGUCUAUGUGGACGACCUAUGCCUCGUAUCUUCAUCCUUAUCCAGUCAUUGCGAAUUGAUUAAGGAGGUGCUGAGACGCUUGACACAUGCCAACUUAAAGAUUGGUGUUGAAAAGUGCUCCUGGUUUCGAUCUAGCAUCUACUUGCUAGGCUUUGUAGUUGGUCCUCAUGUUUCCAAGGUUGACAUGCGACGUCUCUCUGACAUUGAUCAUUGGGGUCCAUGCAAAUCUGCCAAACAGGUUAAACAACUAGCUGGUGUUAUUUCAUAUUUGAGACCACACAUCCCAAAUCUGUCAAAACUGAUGGCGCCUAUUGAUGCUCUACGAAAUGAUCCAGAUGCUGGUAGCAAAUGGACUGAUGAGCACACCAAACGACUUGAGAUUAUCAAGAAGGUCUUGUUAUCUGAAGCUUUACUGACUGCACCAGACAUGAAUAAGAAAUUUUAUCUUGAAUGUGAUGCUAGCUUAUAUGCAGUUGCAGUCAUUUUGACGCAGCGCGACGAUCAAGGACGCACAGUCUAUGUGGCGAUGUUGAGCAAAUCUCUGACCAAAUCCCAACAGAACUGGCCUGUCCUCAGACGAGAACUGUAUGCCGUGUUAUUCGGUUUAGUUCGUUUGCGACCCUUAUUGUACGGGCAUCCUGAGAUUGAGGUUAUGACAGAUCAUCGAGCUCUGAUUUAUAUCUACACAUGUAAAUGUCCUACUAGAGUCAUUCAAAAUUACAUGGAGAUUUUAAACGAGUAUCCCCAACUGCAAUUUACUCAUAUCAAGGGCUUAGACAACAUCUUACCUGACAAACUUAGUCGCUUGUAUGAACCUUUAGAAGAUCAUACAGAGCUGGCGGGAGACAGUGAUAAGAAAAUUGCUAAAUUACAAAAGAAUAUCAUGAGAAGCAAAGGCUCCAAGAAACGAUUCAUUGGCAACAAUAAGCAAACAAAGCAUUAUCUAACCAAGAACAAAGUAGUCUAUAACAAAGACAAGCACUUGAAUGUACUUGCUAUGAAGAUCAAGGAGGGCAAUUAUGAAAGCGUUGCUUACAUUGCACCACCUGACAAUGAGAGAGACCAACUGCUUCGUGAAACUCAUGAAUUUGGACACUUUGGUGCCGCUAGUAUUGUCAAGAAACUACAUGAAGAAGGUAUUCAUUGGACAGGUCUAUAUGAUGAUGCAAAGGCAAUUUGUCAAUCAUGUAUGGAAUGUGCAAGACACAAUGUAGUUCAAAAGGGUUACCAUGAACUGAGAAACGUUGUAGCGUAUGGUCCAUUUGAUCACAUAGGCAUUGACUUUCUUGGUCCGUUAACUCCAACCAACAAUGGCAAUAUAUAUAUAUUAGUUGUAUACGACAUUUGCACCAGAUUUAUUAUAACUCGUGCAUUGCCCAACAAACAAACCGAUACUGUCGCUAGAGCUCUGACUACCAUCUUUGGAGACUUUGGCGUAGUACAAAUACUACAAUCUGAUAAUGGACGUGAAUUCAAGAGUGCUUUGAUGAGCGAGAUCGGUAAAGCACUUGGCAUCAAUCAAAGAUACUCUACGGCUUUCCACGCUAGGGGCAAUGGUGCAUCCGAAUCAGGUGUUAAAAAUAUUCUUAAUGCACUUCGUAAGAUGGUCAGUGAACACAUCUAUGACUGGGACUCGGUUCUACCUGGAACUCAACUGGCUAUAAACACAAAAAUUAGGUAUCGCACUGAGAGUGCACCUUUUCAAUUGAUGUUUGCUAGACCAUUGAAUAGAUUCGUAGACUACGAUGAUCCUAAGAUCAAGGACAACUUACCAAAGAAGCCUAUGACUCUCGGUGAGCUACGCAAGAAGGCAGAGAUUAUGAACCAGGUUGUCUUUCCAGCUAUUAACCAAAGAACACAACGCAUUAUUGAAGAGCAAGCAACGCGAUUCAAUAAGCAUCACAAGAUUACACACUUCAAAGUUGGUGAUUGGGUUAUGGUAAGACUUCCGCAUAGAGAAAGCAAACUUGAGGCCGCUUAUGAUGGACCUUAUCAAGUUGUUCAAAAGAAAAGAUCUACAUAUGUGUUGAAAGACGAUAUGAAUGAACUACUACAUCGCGACUAUGUGCCAUCUGAAUUGAAGCUGGUAGCAAUCGACGAGUCUAUCAUCGAACAAGAAGUAUAUGAGGUUGACGAGAUCAGAGCGCAUCGUGGUCCUGAACACAAUAGAGAGUAUUUGGUAAAAUGGAAGACAUUUGGAGAAGCUUCCAACUCCUGGGAAACUGCUGCAUCGUUCAACAACCCUCAAACCAUUCGUAAGUACUGGGCAAAGAUCAAGGAAUAUGAGCUGCUUGAGAAGAGAAGACAGGCACUAAAUAGUGACACUGCUUCCUCCAAAUCAAAGCGUAAGCGUGAUGAUUCUGACAAGCGUUUGAGAGGCUCUAAGAGACUCAACGUUGCAGAACAGUAA